UGUAGUUUGUAAACAUCAGCAUCAUGAUUAGAUGCGGAAGAGGCUUAAGGAAUGUAUCUCUUUGCUAUAGCUGAGUCUUAUUUGUCUUGAAACUAGCCUUAUUCAUUACAGCCUAAAGAGAUCUCAUGGAUGAUUUUUCUGGGUAUGCUUGGCUGCAUGCCCUCUGGGACAAGUGAGUGAAGGACGGGGGACCACUUUUUCAUCCGGGUAAACUGAUGUCCCUGAAUUCAUUCUUGAUCUGAUCUGAUUGGAAUAAAUAUCUCUAGUAUGUAAGGGAUUUUUUGGCUCUCCCUUCCCCCCCAAUCUCUUUUUGGGGGGUAUGUACCAUAUUGAAGUGCACCUGCUUGAGGUGUGUGCUGCAUAACAGAGGUCAGUAGAUAUGUGUCACAAAGAUGUCUACACGGAACUGCCCGGGAAUGGACUCAGUAAUCAAGCCCCUGGACACAAUUCCUGAGGACAAGAAAGUCCGGGUUCAGAGAACACAGAGCACUUUCGACCCCUUCGAGAAACCUGCCACUCAAGUGAAGAGGGUACAUUCUGAGAACAAUGCUUGCAUUAAUUUCAAAUCCUCCUCCAGUGGGAAGGAAUCUCCUAAAGUUCGCCGUCAUUCUAGCCCCAGUUCUCCCACAAGCCCCAAAUUUGGAAAAGCCGACUCUUAUGAAAAACUGGAGAAAUUGGGAGAAGGGUCUUAUGCCACUGUGUACAAAGGAAAAAGCAAGGUAAAUGGGAAACUAGUGGCACUAAAGGUGAUCCGGCUCCAAGAGGAAGAAGGUACUCCCUUCACCGCCAUCCGGGAAGCCUCUCUGUUAAAAGGACUAAAGCAUGCCAAUAUAGUAUUACUUCAUGACAUCAUCCACACCAAGGAGACAUUGACACUUGUGUUUGAAUAUGUGCACACCGAUUUAUGUCAGUACAUGGACAAACACCCUGGUGGGCUUCAUCCAGACAAUGUGAAGUUGUUUUUAUUUCAGUUGCUGAGAGGACUGUCUUACAUCCACCAGCGUUAUAUUUUGCACAGAGACCUGAAGCCACAGAAUCUUCUCAUCAGUGACACGGGGGAGUUAAAGCUGGCAGAUUUCGGUCUUGCAAGGGCAAAAUCGGUCCCUAGCCACACAUACUCCAAUGAAGUGGUUACUCUGUGGUACAGGCCUCCAGAUGUCCUCUUGGGCUCAACAGAAUACUCCACCUGCCUUGACAUGUGGGGAGUCGGAUGCAUCUUUGUUGAAAUGAUCCAAGGAGUUGCUGCUUUUCCAGGAAUGAAAGACAUUCAAGAUCAACUUGAACGAAUAUUCCUGGUUCUUGGAACACCCAAUGAGGAUACUUGGCCCGGAGUCUACUCUCUACCACAUUUUAAGCCGGAACGAUUUACCCUGUACAGCUCUAAAAACCUUAGACAAGCAUGGAAUAAGCUCAGCUAUGUGAACCAUGCAGAGGAUCUGGCCUCCAAACUACUCCAGUGUUUCCCAAAGAACAGAUUGUCCGCCCCAGCAGCCCUGAACCAUGAGUAUUUCAGUGAUCUGCCCCCCCGGCUAUGGGAGUUAACCGAUAUGUCUUCUGUUUUUACUGUCCCAAAUGUAAGAUUACAACCCGAAGUUGGAGAAAGUAUGCGGGCCUUUGGAAAAAACAAUAGUUAUGGCAAAAGUCUAUCAAACAGCAAGCACUGAGGAACACAGGUUGCCGAAGGGGAUGCAGGAUUAAGUUGUCAUCAUUCUGGGGAGAAGAAAACCUAAUGAGGAGGCCAAUAAUAUGAAGUGAAUCGUGGUUCAGUUUCCUUUCUCUCUCCCUAUGGUGGAUUUUGUUCAGAAGAAAAUUGAAGCUGGCAAGACCCUAUUUUCCCUGCAAUUUAUUUCAAACCUUGCACGCAUUCGGAUACCUUGUGAUUUCAGAGAACUAUGUGAAGAUUAAGCUUUGCUUACUGAUACAUGGCAUGUAUUCUUUCCAGUCUUUUGUGUUGGAUUUUGUUUGAUUUUCCACUGUGGCGCGGCAUCGUUGUAAAGGUUUUUAUGCUUUCACCAGCAAGGUCUUAAAUACAUUAAGACAACACAUUUUGUGUUCACACUUCUCCAGUAAUGUCUGUACAUAAAAGCCACAGAGUGGCAGAAAAGAAUGUGUGUUUUCUUUGAGAAUAGUUCAUCCAGUAGGAAGGCCAUUUUUAGCCAGCUUGAACCCAUAUUCUCUGUCUGACUGACAAGGACAGUCCCUGACCACGAUGCCACCAGUGUUUUAUUUACUUCUUGAGAAUCUCUGCAUAUAGGUUUAAUUUUUUUUUAAUCCAUGGAAAUAAUUGCACAUUUAUUUAGCACAUCAGAAUUUGGUUACUGUUCUUAAGUUACAUAGCAUGCCAGUCAUCAGAAUAGGUUGAAAAUGAGACCAGGGCUGGGGGUUGGGUGGGGGGAAAGAACAGGGAAAUAAGAUAUAUGAACAAAGACGGUAAUUGAUUGAUUAAUUAGUUAAUCACUAUUUGGCCCUUGGAGAUCAAAGUAACUUUUGGGUUUCAUGGGUAUUGUCUACACUUGGUUUUUCCCAUACUGUCUCAUCUUUGGGGUAUUUCCUAAAGGGAAAAAAAAAGAGUUUGUAGCACUAGGGUAUAGAAAAACUGUAUUUGCUGAAUGAGCCAUGAAAGCAAUCUUUGCUUGUUAGCUUUAGAAGAAACAAAAUGUAAAGCUGUCCACAGGUAAGUUUGCUCUCUCACAUUCAAAGAUCUUCCAGUUCCAUUCCAUCUACAUUUCAACAUGAUUGGAAGAGCCACUGAAUACUCAUCAGACUGGCUGCCGAAACACAUUUUAGGAUCAUUUAGAAAGAGGGACCCAGCUCCCCUUGUUUGAGGACAUGAGGGAAACUUGGGGAAGGAGGAGGAGAUGGAAAAUUGGAAGCAGGAGGAAGCUGGAAGCAUCUGAUUUUCUUGGAUCUAGAAUGAAUGGUGCCUGAAUUCAAGGAAACAUGGUGUGCUGUGAGCCUCACUGUUGCAUCAUAAAUAACACAGAGACCAAGGAAUACUUCAUUCACAUCCCCAGGACACAACUUCCCAUGGAAACUUCACAUUAUACAUUAGCUCAGUCUGACCAUUUCCCUCUUGGUUUUCCAUUUAUUAUGGCUAGGAAGGGCUAGGACGAGGGAAGUCUAGCCGAGUUGACCAAUACUCGAUCUUAGAGAGCUUUUCCCCCACUACAUUCAGAACACAGCAGAGCAAGGAAGCUGAAUGCCUGGGCUUCACAGGCCCCACAACUUAAUGCAUUGUAGAAUGUGAUGUGACUGCUUAAAUAUAUUAACAGGAUGGGUGCUCAAGAUUCAACAUUUAUUUUUUAUUGUGUAGGACCUGCUAAACCAGGGAGUCUUUGCUGUUUGACAUUUAAAGGAAGCAAAACAUUCACCCACUGAGGAAAUGUUGACCAUUUGCUUCCAGAAAAGCUGUCUGAUUCUUUUACUAUCCAUUCCUACCCAAUUCGAGGUAUUUUGAGGCAUUUUGAGCCUUUGAAGUGUUUUGUUUUAAAACUAACUGAUAUUAGAAAAUUAUUUAAAGGAAAGUACACUCUCAGUCUCAAAUAAACUUUUCAUGGGUUUGUACUAAAGCUGAAAGAGGCAGAUCUUCAUCCUGUGAUUAGAAUGCAUGAUGACACUUUUCUCUGUCAAAAGUCUUACAGUUGUUGACAGGAGGGAAAAGGAAACCCUGAAAACAUUUUACUAUAACAAAGGUUCAAAUUAGGAACAAGGAGGCUAUUCCAUAGGUAGGUACCAUUUGUUCAAUAGUAGGUGCUCUAGGAAAGCCAGAAAGCAUAUUUGAACUACUCGGUGAAGAAAUCUGCUGGUCUGAUUUAUAAACUGACUGUCUAGGAAGUUAGUUGCCUUUCAGGAAGGUUUAGAGGCCUUCCAUUUUGUUAUCCAUGGUCUAAAGCCAAAGAUUUGGCUGGCUCUCUCUUCCAUUCUCAUUCAUAUUCCCUUCCCCUUUUCUCCCCUUCUUGUUUAAAUUAGCCCCAGAAAUAGUGUUCCAUUUCUUUUUUAGUUGAGGAAGCACUAGAAAGUUGGGCAAGUUUAUUUUCCUAUAAAAGAAUAACUUGAAAUCAAAGAGCUGGGGUAGUUAGAACACCUAAGCACUGUGAUUGUAUCAACAUUACUUCACUGCGGAGAGUUCUGAAUUGGGUCUUGGGAUUUGAUUUCCAUUUGUUCUUCUUUUUAAAAGAAGCCUUCUGGUUAGCAAUACUUCUGCACACAUAACAGGGAAACUUUCCUCUUCAAAGGAAAGUUUCUAUAAAACUUACCAGAGGAGGAGGGGGUGGGGAGGGGAGAGAUGGCUGUCAAUCCACUGAUAGGAGGAGUGAGAGAUAUUUCUACCUCCCAUGAGUAAUAAGUGAAGGUUGGGGGUAUGAGACAUUUCCCCCAGGCAUUGAUAGAGGACUUGGGCCUCAUGGCAUUCUCUGGACGCACAUGACUGAAAGUAUAGUCCACAUUCUAUGUUAUGCUUCUUUACUAAAUACUUAUUGUGAAUAUUCUUGAUUUUGUAAUCUCUGUUACUUAAGAAGAUGUGUAGGUUGUACAUACUGGGGGGGGGGGAGGCUGACUCCCCUUUGAAAUAGAAAUUCGCUGCUUCAUUAUGCAGCAACCUCUUUCCUGGCUUGUGGGUGACAGUAAUCUUGUAUGUCACCAUUUCACUAUUCCCUCUCUCUCUCUCUCUCUCUCUCUCUCUCUCUCUCUCUCUCUCUCUCUCUCACACACACACACACACACACACACACACACACACACACCAAAAAAUAAAAUAAAAUAAAUAAGCAAUGCCCCCCCCACCUUCCCCAUCCAAGUGUAUUUUAAUGGCACAUACAAGAUCUUCGUUCUCUAGCUGAAAGUGUUUUUUGUUGGUUUUCUGUUGGUUUUGUUUUUGUUUUUAACUUUUAGUUUUCGGAUGAUACACUACACUGUGUAUUUUGUAAAAGGGCAACUGGGUACAGAAUGAAGGCAGCCAUGCCAUUCAGAAAAAAAUCAAGUACGAUUUCUUCACGAUGACAGCCUCGUAAGCAGAAUGGUAUAAUACAUGUUGCAUUAUUUGUUACAACUUGUACUUUGUCUGUAUUAUGAGAGAUGUAAUGGUUUGUCAGCUGUAACUGUUGUUUUCUUGUAACAUGAUAUGGAAUAAAGUGUAGCCGAAUCUCCCUA